ACUGAUGAGUUCGCAGAUCUCCCGCUAGGAAAGGAGGCGAGGAGGCGAGGAGACAAGGAGGCAGCCGCUGAGCCGCGCCAUGGAGCCUGGUUCAUGAAGCGCAACAGACCCGAUGUCUGUGCCCGCGUGUCCGGGCCCGUGUGUGUUCGUGCUGUAGCGGAGGACCUGGACCCGAACCCCCGCAGCUGCUAACGCUGCUACCGCCGCCCGGCGCUCCGCAGCGGCCACCAUGGCGGAGGACGACGGCGACUGGGUCGUGGAGAGCAUCGUGGGCUACCUGGGCAGCCCCGAGUGGGUCGUGCCCGUCACGGACUUCAUGGAGAACAGAUGCACAGUUUUUGAUGACGAAGAUGAAAACAAGUUGUCAUACACAGACAUCCAUCAGCAGUAUAAGAAGCUGGUGGAGAAGCUGUUGGAGAACUACAUGGAGGAGGUUGGCAUCAACGAGCAGCAGUUCCUGGAUGCGUGCUCCUCUCCUUUUGCCAAGUCCAACGCACUACAGUCGGUGUUCCAGCCGGUUCUGGCCACAGACGACUUCCAGAUGUUCCGCUCAAUGAUGGUUCAGAAGAAUAUGGAACUCCAGCUUCAAGCCCUCAGGGUCAUAAAAGAGAGAAAUGGGGAGCUUCCAGAGUGUCUGACUGAUGGUGUGGAUGUGAUGACGGAGCUGCAGCAGCAAGAGAUGAAAAUCCUGCAAGAGGUUCUCAGGAAAUCAAAAGAGGAGUACGAAGAGCAAAUGUCCAGGAGGCAGCUGCUCGAGGAGGAGGUUGGUUCCACCUCCAGCGACUGCUCUGAUAGGCCAGUGGUGGAGAGCGGCAGAGCCCAGAAUACCACCUCUGCUCCCAGCCAGCAAUGCACCAAUGCCAAGGCUGAAGCUGAGGGGAACGGUGGCAGCAGAGGCAGCAGCAGCAGUAAUGGCCACCUCACCCCACUGGUGAACGGAAACACUGCCACUGAACUGAAUCUGGUCAAGGUCAACCCUGUCAGAAAAGAGGAGAGGAAGACAACUGACCCUGGAGCUGGAGAUGAAAUAGGUUCAGCUAAGGGCCGGUCCUUGUCAAAACUCGUACCAGAUUGUAACACUGUGGAGUCCAGAGUCCUUCCAGCGGUGAGAGCUCCAGUGAAGUCUGCCGAGCCGUCCGCCAGCAGCGCUCCUCGGACCACGGAGCAGAGCAGCAGGAGCCAGUCGGCUGCCGAGGCGUGUCUGGAGGAGGCGCACAGGGAGGCGGGCUUCUCUAAGCCUUUUACUGAGUUGUCAUCGUCACAGCAGGAGGAGCUCCAGCAGAGGGCAGCAUAUCUCUGUCAGCAGCGAGACAAGCUGCACGCGCUUAAGAAGGAGCAGCAGAAGACCAAGCAGACCACCACAUCAGAGGAGGCCCCCCCACCAGCUCCCACACCAGCACCCACCACCACCCCGGAGGCUGUGGGACAGUCCCAGAGGAACGGGGCCUGUGCCCCCCCUCUUCCUGCGCCCUCUACUGCACAGCACUCUGCUAACUCCUCCAGACCGAAGGUGACCCGUCAGCUGCCUCUGCCGGACUCGAACACGUGUAGUCGUUCAUGGCUGAAGCGUUGUGUGUGUGUGUGUGUGGUUCCCUCUCCUUUUUGUUCCUCUUGUCCUCACAAAACCUGACCUAAAGUCCUCCAUCAACACUUGUCACGCACGGAGAAGGAGUUGUUUGCAGUCUUUACUCUUUUGACUUUGAGCCCCAAGAGGUUUCAUUGACUGAAACUGCCUCCACUAAGAGAGACAGUGGGUUUGAUGGAGGUCUUGAAAUGAAAGCAAUUCUUUUAGGUAGGUGUGGCCUAGCUACGUGUUCCACCCCCGGCUCGACUCAUCUACUUCUCCAGUUUGUACCCGUGUGCUGUGUUGUAUCUUAGUAGCCUUCUCGCUGCUUCUUCUACCCUUCACCGUUUAGUUUCAAGCCGUGCUGGUGGUUGUUGUCAGUAAAGGUUUCAACCUGACUGUCUGGUCUUUCCACACAGGAGAUAACUGCUGAGGAGAGGAAGAAGCUCCAGAAGAGAAAACAUCUGGCCGACAAGCUGAAAGAGGAAGUGAUCAAGAAGUAACUUCCCCCUCCGACUUCACUCCGGGGAUCAAACACUUUACAACCUUUACUUUACCUCCGUCCGUCCGUCAGAUAGUUCAAUCCAUCCAGACACAUUUCGAGAUACUUCCCAAAGAAACACCAAUAGUACGAGAUCUUCCCAAACCCGGAGCUUCUCCUGGUGGUCAACAGAGGAGAACUGGCCCAUUUUACUUUGUGAAAGUACCAGUGUGUGGCAGAAUCCACUCAUAUCAGGGGGCCACACAAGUAUUAUAAGAUCUGUCAAUUACAAAUGUCGGAACAAGAGAAUUCAGAGAACAUCAGGCAACAUGCUGACGAUGUUACCAGUAGAGAACUCCAAUCACUUUUACUUCACUAGAUGUUCGAGGCCUGUGUCCAACACGUCGCUCCUCAUUCAGCACAGAGGACAUCAAAUGUACCCUCUGUAUAAUGUCCUCACACAUUUAAUUGCAUGCAUCUGUCCAGCGGCUCCAUGUGGGAGAGGACUUUAUUGCUAUAGUCCAGCGUGGUGGUAACAUUAGCCAGCACCCGUGUACAGUCUUGUUUCCCCACUGUCGUCAGGAUGUAUAUCACACAGCUGAGAACCCAGUAGCAGCUCAGCUCGGGGGGGGGGGAUGGGGCGCCGUGGACGCUGUCACAAGGAGCACACCACCGUGUGUUCCUCAAGGAGCCAAGAGAACCGCGUCACGCUUUCUACUAUGAACGCCGUAAUCUGCAGUCUUCACUUUAAGCACUCUUGAUGCAGUUUCUAUGUAACAUUGCUAUCAGGUAUGCUGUUUAAUAAAUCACAUUUUAUAGAAACAA